GAUUCCAAAAAUCCGUAACCCGGAAGUACUUUAUUAUUCUUGUCUGCUUUAUGGUGGUGACAUAAAGCAGUUGAAGAUUAUUUAGCGAUCAAAACUCUUUUCUUGUCAUUCUCUAUUUUAAAACUGACUGUGAGGUACUUCGGGGUAUUUAUAUAGAGGCAUUAUUGAGGUCCUUCCUGGCUGGCCCAUGCUGAGACAGGGACCUAGAGGAACUGAACGGACUCAACAUGGCCUGUGUAGAGGAGCCCCCUGAGAAGCACUGCUGGGUGUGUUUUGCGACAGAGAGAGAGGACCGCGUGGCAGAGUGGGUGAGCCCCUGCAGGUGUAAAGGCUGUACCAAGUGGAUCCACCAGGCCUGCCUGCAGCGCUGGCUCGAUGAAAAGCAGAAAGGAAACAGUGGAGGAGCUGUCAGCUGCCCUCAGUGUGGCACAGAGUACAGCAUCGUCUUCCCCAACAUGGGGCCAUUGGUUUACUUCCUCCAGCAGGUGGACAAGGCUCUGUCGCGGGCCAGUCCGUUCGCUGCUGCUGGGGUGGUGGUGGGGACAGUCUAUUGGUCAGCUGUCACCUAUGGAGCUGUGACUGUCAUGCAGGUGGUGGGCCAUAAGAAGGGCUUGGAUGUGAUGGAGAGAGCAGAUCCUCUGUUCCUCCUGAUGGGUCUACCUACCAUCCCUGUGAUGCUGGUCCUGGGCAAGAUGAUACGUUGGGAGGACUACAUACUGAGGCUGUGGCAGAGACACUCCUCUAAACUACAGCUGCUAGUUCCAGGUAUAGGGCGUCCGUUGCCCCGUGUGCCAGCUGAUGGGAGUAAUGGAGGGGACCACCUGUCAGUGUCUCGUACUUUGUGUGGAGCUCUCAUCUUCCCCUCCGUGGCCAACCUGGUGGGACGGCUGAUCUUCAGCAGGGUACCUUCAUCUCUGCAACGCACCGUUCUGGGUGGUAUAGCGUUUGUGGUGAUGAAGGGAGUGUUGAAGGUGUAUUUCAAACAGCAGCAGUACCUCACCCAGGCCAACCGCCACAUCCUCAACUACCCAGAGAGAGAGAGGGACAUGGAUGGAGAGGGACGGAGUGAGGGAGGAGAGGACGACACAGAGGAUAGUGGAAACGAGUGAACACAACACUCCCCCCUAACCCUAGAGGGCGAAGGAGGGACAGAGAGGUAGAGCGGAGAUAUAAUAAGUUGGAGCAGAAACGAUUGACAGCCACCCAGAAUCCUCCCUGUUCCCUGACCUCACACAAAGAGAAACCUGCAAUCAAGCACAAUGUAGUUUUAUUUUACUCAGACAAGGGGUGUGUUUAAGAGGUGUGUCACGUUUCCAAACAGAUAACUUGUCAAAUAGAAAUGCAGUUGUGAGUUUUUUCCUUUGAAAGUGUUUUCUCCCAUUGGUAUCACCUGAACUCAACCAUGCUCUGAUAUUUCAUUGUAAGACAUCCACCCAAUCGUGUGUGUGUGUGUGUGUGUGUGUGUGUGUGUGUGUGUGUGUGUGUGUGUGUGUGUGUGUGUGUGUGUGUGUGCACGCGUGUCUACACCUGGGGUGUCGAAUCCGGCCCGUGGGUGGUUUGAGUAUAUAUAUAUAAGAACAAUAUUUUGCAAGUUUUUACUACAAGGAAAUAUAAACCAUUUUUAGUGCUGCCCUUUGGACCUCGUUGAAGACCAAACACCCCCCCCCCCGGGGUAAAAGGAGUUCGACACCCCUGGUCUACGUUGUAGAACCCUUGCUAUUUUAUUUGCCUGUAAGAAUGAAUUAGCUAAUAAAGUGAUUUGAUUGUUAAAUACUA